AUGGAAUUAAGAGAACCAUUUAAUACAUCUGAAUUCUCAUUUGAAAAUUUGUUUGAUGACCAAAAGCUUCAAUACCUAAUUUUAUUUAUAUUGGUAAUUAGUUACUUUGUUGUUGUCUUUGGAAAUCUCACCAUUAUUGCUGCAAUUUGGAUGGCUCCCCACUUGCACACUCCUAUGUACAUCUUCUUAAUGAAUCUAUCCACUAUUGACAUUGCUUCUACCUCAAAUAUAAUACCUAAACUGUUAUAUAUGCUCAUCACCAAUGAUAAUACAAUCUCAUUCUGGGAAUGUAUAGCUCAGCUGUAUCUUUUUGUGUUAUUAAUUUGCACUGAAGUUGUCCUUCUUACGGCUAUGGCAUAUGACCGCUAUGUUGCCAUCUGUCACCCACUUAAUUAUAUUAGUAAAAUGAGUAUAAGACACUGUGCCGGCCUCUCAGUUACAUCAUGGACUGUUGGAGUUUUAAACCCUAUUGGACAUAUUGCCCUUAUAUCUAAGAUGUAUUUUUGUGAUUCUCAUAAAAUCAGCCAUUUCUUUUGUGAUGUUUCACCUUUGCUAAAGAUUUCUUGCAGUGAUUUAUCUGUAGUAGAAAUGCUAAACUACAUUGAAGGAACACUACUGGCAUUCACUUCAUUUAUUUUUACUUUAAUUUCAUAUAUUUCCAUCAUUUCAGCAAUCUUAAAUAUAAAAACUUCUAAAGGCCGAUCUAAAGCUUUUUCUACCUGCUCCUCCCACCUGACCUGCAUUAUUCUAUUUUAUGGGACAAUUACAUCUUUGCACAUGCAACCCACAUCCAGCUACUCUUCCAAACAGAACAAAUGGUUUGCUCUGGUAUACACUGUUUUGGUGCCAAUGUUAAAUCCUUUCAUUUACAGUCUAAAGAACAAAGACGUCAAUAAAGCUUUGUUGAAAUUUCAGAAAAAGUGGAUAUAG